AUGAUUCGAAGUGGACGUUCUAAACGCAGAAAAAUUAGAAAUGAACUAAAUACACUUUGUACAUUACAUUCAAAGUUUUUAAACAAAGAAGAUAAUAUUGUUGAACCAGCUGUAUUGGAUGAAAAUGAAGAUUUAACUCAUCCUUUAAUUCCCAUUCAAGAUAAUAAUAUUGUCUUAAGUCAAGAUGAAUCUUGCUCCUUGUUUGAAUUUGUUAAUCAAUCUCCACCGUCAGUUGAAGUUGGGGUUAAUCCAUUUAAUUUAGAAGAAUCCAUCAACGAUUCAGUAUUAAAUGAAACUACACCCUUUUCAAAUUCAGUAUCUAGUUCAAACUUUAUUUCUAUGGAAGAUCAAAUAUGUCAAUGGGCAAUUCAAUUUAAUAUUAAACAUAAUGCUGUCAAUAGCUUGUUAAGUUGCUUGAAGAAUCAUAAGUGUUUUAAACAUUUUCCGAUCGACAGUAGAACACUAUUUGGUACCCCAACUCAAAAAUCAAAAGAAAUCAGAACUGUACACCCUGGAAUCUACUACCACUUUGGUUUGGAAUUUGGAAUUAAGAAAUAUGCACCAACAAAUUCAUGUUGUAUCGAAAUUGCUAUAGGUAUUGAUGGGUUACCAUUGUCCAAAAGUAGUGGGGCUCAAUUCUGGCCUAUUCUUGCAUACAUAAUGAAUAUUCCAAAGAAAAUGGUUUUUCUUGUUGGCUUAUAUUAUGGAACUGAAAAACCUCAUGAUAGUAACGAUUUUCUAAUAGAUUUUGUUCAAGAUGCCAAUAAUCUUAUAACUAAUGGUAUAAUUUUAAACAAUACUAAUAUUAAAGUUUCAAUCAAAUUAUUUACAUGUGACGCACCGGCUAAAUCGUAUGUGCUAAAAGUUAAAAGUCAUGCAGGUUUUUCUUCAUGUACUCGAUGUACCAUUGAAGGAGAGUAUAUUAAUAAUAGAGUUGCAUUUCCUUAUUCAGAAAACCAUUCAACAAAAAGAACACAUGAACACUAUCUGCAAAUGUAUGACGAAGAUUAUCAUAUUUCAAACCAAAUUUCCAUUUUAACACAAAUUGAUGGAUUUAAUUCUGUUAAUAUGUUUAGCAUUGAUUAUAUGCAUCUUGUGUGCCUUGGUGUUACUAAAAAGCUUAUGAUUCUUUGGUUUAGUAAAGGUCCCUUAACAUUUUAUUAA